AUGGAUAUCAUUCGAAGAUUCUAUAGUAAAAAAUCUGAGGUGACUACUUCUAGUGGCCCGGCCAGUGAAACUGGUGGUGUUUUACCAAUUGAUUUGGAAGGAAGACAUCGAUUUGUAAGACAGCGACUUACAAAUAUGACCGAUGAAGAAAGAGCUUUUCGUAGGAAAUUCUUGCACGACCAACAUAUUCAUGAAGAUGAACCAGUGGUAGUUCCGGAAAUAUAUCAAGAAUUGUAUAACCCUAUUAGACGAGCAUACAGAAUGCCUAUGGAUGCAUUUCAAGAAUUUUUAGCUCCAAGAAUUGGUGAAAGAACUGCUUUUAAUGUGCGAUUUGUAACAGGCAAAGUGAUGAUGGGAAUUGUUGCUACUUAUGUUAUAACGUACUAUUUCCUUUACAAUACUAAUACUUGGGAAAGAAAAUCAGGAUGGAGAGUACAUGAAUCUCGUUCUCAGUGUGUACCAGGAGAUCCAGAUUUUCCAAGAACUUCAGACCGCCAUUUACCAAAACAUUAUGCAGAUCGAGGUUUUAGUAGCUCACCAAUUUAAUAAUGAAACAGUUGAUUUUGUUUUAUCAUUUUAUUAAUUAUUUCAUUGAAGUAUAAAUGUAGAGAAAG